CCUCGAGGCGCAGGUUAGCGUUGAGCCUAGAAGGCGAACCCGAACGUUAAAACCGCCUCGCUUCGUUCUUUCUUUGUUUCUGAGUUAUAAAUAAAGAGCUUGCGUUUCCCGGCGAGUAUGCAACGAAGCGAAAGUCGCAAAAGUGCGAAACCCAAGCCAAAAGCUUGCGUCUUUCUCGUGGGUUCAAUUUCUCAGCUUCAGAAGUUCUCGUUUGGGCUCUGCUGAAGAAGAAGAAGAAGAAAAGCAAUACACUUGACGCUGUUUUUUUCUUUUCUUUUGGGGCUGUGUUUGGAUUAAAUGGUGUUUACGUGUUCUGGGGAAGGAGAGAGCAUGGCCAUGGGACCCGAGAGAUCGAAACCUCUUCACAAUUUCAUGUUGCCCUGUUUGAAGUGGGGGAGUCAGCGCCACCUCCGCUGCACCAAACUCGCCUCUGACUCCUCCACUGACACCGGAGAUCGCCGAUCUCCGGCGCCGCGGGAAUUCGACCCCCCACCGCCGGUAAAUGCUGACUCGAGACUGCGUCUCAAGCGGCCGCGAUUCCUCGGCGACGAGGGGAUCGACGCCGUCAGGGAGAAGCUCAUGCUCGAUCUCAAAACCGAGGCCGAUAGGAUGAAGGACGCGAUUCUCGGCAAGGAGGUCGCCGAGGACAAUGAUGUUAUCAUCGAGGACGCGCCGCCCGUGACGGUGGCGGUUGAAGAGGAGGCGCAGCCGUCGGCCACCGGAGUAAGGACGUGGAAUCUGCGGACGCGGCGGGCUCCCGUGACGGUCAGGAUUGACGAGAGGAAGGCCGGGGUCGGGACGUCGUUUUCGCCGUUGAGGAGUGUCCCCGGAGCCGGAAAGUCGCCGAAAUUAAGAGGGUCGCCGGAGAAAGAGGAGCGACCACUGAAGUUUUCUCUGACGCUGACGAAGAAGGAGAUUGAGGAGGAUUUCAUGAAUUUGGUGGGCCACCGGCCUCCCCGCCGGCCCAAGAAGCGACCCAGAAACGCUCAGAAACAAUUGGAUACCCUUUUCCCUGGUCAGUGGUUGUCGGAGGUUAGUGCUGAUUGCUACAAGGUUCCUGAUGAAGCUGAGACUGGCAAGGUAUGCAUAAUUCUUUUACAAAGUUUUUCUGUUUUCUGUUUGCUUUAAUAGCUU